AUUUUAUAUGUUUUUUCUUUUUUUCUCAUUUCCUGAUUUUUCUUUUCCCUUCUCUUAUUCAUUCUCUCCAACCACUGUUGUGGCAAUUUGUGCCACUGCAAUGACCAUAUCUUGUCACCCACAAGAUGAUCUGCCGAUACUAGCAACCAGCUAUGAUAGUCGAUGCUGUACCCAAAGCUUCAGCAACCAGAUAUCGCCAUCCCCAAGGACGCAGCAAACAUAGUUUCGCCUUUGAUCGUCGAAAAUGACGUUGCCCUUGGUCGCUUUGUCGGAGUUCUUUUUAUGGAGAAAACUGGGGAAAAUUCAACUUGGAACACUAGAAAUGUAAGCAAAUAUGGUCAAUGUCCUGUGGGUGUCGUAGGGAUAUGGUUUGAGUUUUGACAAAUUUAUCAAGGGUAAUUAUGGAAAAAAGAAAUAGCCAUUCCCAUGGAUUUGGUUUUUAAUCGAAACAUAAAGACAUGGUCAAAAUAAAAAGGGUGUUCAGCUUUAGAACUCGAAGCUCUAUCCGUUAUAUCUUUAGCUCUAAUGUGUUCACCGCAGCUGCAAUCACAGCCAUUUUUUAUUCUGUCUAGAGCCAACUCUUAUCCAACCUUCUCUAAAUCCUCAUCAUCUUUUCCCUGUUUCUCAACUUCAACCCGUAUUUACAAUCUAAAAACCAGUACUUUGUCUGUUCAAGGAUUUCCCCCUAAUGCCCUUCGCCGUAAGAGCAAUCCCCAAUGGAGAGGAGGGUUCAGUCUAGGCGUAGACUUGGGAUUGUCCCGCACCGGCCUUGCCCUUAGCAAAGGUUUCUGUGUUCGUCCACUCACGGUUUUGAAAUUAAGAGGACAAAAGCUUGAGCUACAGCUGCUUGAGAUGGCAGAAAAAGAGGAGGCUGAUGAAUUUAUAAUUGGGCUUCUUAAAUCCUGGGAUGGAAAAGAGACUCCUCAAUCCAACAAAGUUCGCAGUAUAGCCGGAAGGCUAGCGGUUCGAGCGGCGGAGAGGGGUUGGAGAGUAUAUCUACAAGAUGAACAUGGGACAUCAACAGAAGCUGAAUACAGGAUGAUCAACUUGGGUCUUGGCAAGCUUACUCGCCAGAAAAGCUCUGAUGCUUAUGCUGCUGUGAUAUUACUAGAGAGAUAUUUUGCCAUGUCUGGUAAGGGCAUUGAAAUUGUUUUGCCAAAGCAGAUGGAUUUGCAAGAAAAACUCAGAAGGGGUGCACCACUGGACGUUGAUUUUUUGCCAGAAGAAUUUGUUGGUUGACAGAUAACAGGAAUCCUUGUUUUCUGCUUGUUGGCAUGUGAUGCCGUUAACAGUUUUAUAUAGACAGAGAUUAGAAGUCUUUUCACUAACACUGAUUCUUGUUUUUGAUGUAGAGUUUAAGAAUAUUUGUUUGAAGUGCAUAGGAAAUGAGUGCUUUCACAAUUUGAAAUGUUUGUGCCUGGAUAUCUUGGCAUGUAAAUGUAAUUCCCCGAGUGGUCUCUUUCUUGUCUCCAAAUAAACCAGCCGAGCCCAAUUUGAACUCAAAACUACGGGCCCGCUUCUGGCGCAGAAAAGCCACUUGCUAUCAAAGGAGGAGGGCAAGCCGUAGGGGACAAGCCCAGAAUUUAAUCUCUUUCAUUUUCUUUGACCAUUUUUUCAUUGCCUCUUAAGAAAAAAAUCUCGGGGAAAAAACUAUGGGAGAAUAAUUUGUAUCUACUUGGUAAAAAAUAAUGGUAAAGUGUUUUGUUAUAAGCACCAUCCAUUUUUCAAAGCAUAUUUAUGGUAUACUUGAGAGUUAACAGUUUCAUUCCCACAGGAGAUUCUGAGGAAUCAUUCUCAGAAUCAUCCCCUCUCCAAAACUCGGUUUCCUUUGCCAUUUGU